AUACAGGUCAGUGAGUGACAAUAUAUUGAAUAACUGUAAUCGUCUCCGUUUGUAAUUGCAAAGAUGAGUGUCAACUUUGUAGAUUAUUUCGCCAACGAGCACAAUGGAUAUGAUAUCUUAUAUCAAAACAUGAAAUACGGACUGAUCGCAAGCAAAGAACUCUCUGACUACCUUCGAGAGAGAUCCAAUAUAGAAGAGACUAAUUCUAAAUUGUUGACCAAAUUAGCAAAACAAGCUAAUAGCAACUGUGCACAGGGUACUUUCGCGCCGUUUUGGAGCGUACUGAAAUGUUCUGCUGAAAAGUUAUCCAACUUGCACCAGCAUAUGUUUCAGAAAGUCAGCGAGCUCGUCAAAGACGUGGCCCGCUAUGCAGAUGACCUUCACAAGAAACACAAAGCUGUAAAAGAUUCCGAAUCCAAUACAUUAGAAGUAGUUUUGCUAAUACAAAGCACAAAACAGGCCCUCCAGAAAGCUAAAGAUGUGUACACAACAAAAGCGGCUGAAAUGGAGAAACUGAGGAAAGAUAAUGCAUCUGCCAAGGACAUUGAGAAGGCUGAGGUCAAAUUGAAGAAACUCCAUGAGGACUACCGGCAACUUGCAGAAAAAUAUAAUUUGGUUAAACAAGAUUUUGAGAAAAAGAUGACACAAACAUGUAAACAUUUUCAGGAUGUCGAGGAGGCACACUUGAAACAAAUGAAACAAUUUGUUAAUUCCUAUGCAGACCUUAUUCAAAGCAACCAUGACCUCAUGGGACAAGUUCACAGGGACUUCAAACAUCAGUGUCUCGAAUUAACUGUGGAGAAGCUGUUGGAGCAAAUUCUCAUUGAGAAGUAUAACACUAUGGAUAAGGCAAAUUUAGUAGAACUACCUCCUUCAUUUCCUAAACCUAGUUCCGCCAAUAAUUCAAUAUCAGAAGCUGAUCAAAUAUCCACAGUUUCGAAUGGCUCUCACAAGCCUGCCCAGCCAGCUAAAGCUCCAAAAAAGGAGCCCUCAUUUGCAACUAAAACAUCAAGAAGAACAACUUCUCUUCUUAAUUUAUUUACUCCCAAUUUUCAAAGUAAAGAUGAGCCUAGUGGGAGCAUUGAAGGUGCAGCACCCUGCUCUGCCCCCUCUAGUCCGAGUGGCACGCCCGCCACUCCUGUAGCUCCUGACAAAGAUGAGAACAUGGGGCGCACCACAUUACGGGAAUCUAAAUGGUUUCUACGCAGUAGAAGGACUAAAACUAAGUUGAAGAAGUCUAAAAAGAAAAAAGAUGAAAUCUCUGAAAACUCAAAUGCUGGAGAGAAGUCUGACUUGGAAGAAAAAGAGGAGGAGGUCCCAGUCAAAGAAGAUCUAAACUCUCCAGAAGUUGAUGAGGAAGGGUACUGUAUUAGACCAAAAGACGAAAAGGGUAGUGUCUAUUCUACCACAGAUUCUGACUCUGAUGAGGAAAGAGAUCGGAAGAUUCACGUAGAAAUUAAACCGAUAAGUAAUGGUGGUGCUCCUAUGUCGGCCAGUGUCGACGAGCUUAGAGCCACUGUAGAGAACAUUUCUCUUUACAAAAUUGGCACAACAAGACGUGGUUCAAACGCAAACACAAGUAAAGCAAGUAGUGAUCUAUUAGAUCUUAACUUCUUUCAAAGUCCUACUGCUAGCAAUCCCACUUCACCACAUGGAAACGUAUCCAAUCCUUAUGCUCCUUUGCAAGCAAAUCAAUCGAAUUUACUUGAAAGCCCCACUCCAGUGUCGACUGCCGAUGUCGGCGACCUGUUCUCGGAAGUGGGCGAGAUGAACCAGUCUGCAUUCCGCACGUCCACUCCCACCACAACGUCAAUAUCAUUACCGCGCCCGCCGUCAAGGCGCUCGGAAGGUGACUUCCGCGCCGCCGGUUCCUCAGGAUCUAGAGGUCCCUCGCCUCUCACAAUAGGUAUGGCCGAUACUAUUCCUCUGGCCGUCGCGUUCCAUGAAAUUAUUCACGCGUAUUUUAGAGGAACUGAGGAAUCUAAAUGUCAGGUCAAAAUGUCUGGAGACAUGAUGCUGUCGUUCCCGACUGGCAUAGUCGGCGUGCUAGCUAACAACCCCAAUCCGGCCAAGCUCUGUUUCAGAUUGAAAAACAUUCAUAGGUUAGAUAACAUUUUACCCAAUAAACAGCUUAUUAGCAUUAACGCGAUGAUGUCCACGCGUGACUCUACUGUCCUCGAGUUCAACAUGCCGGCCCUGACCUCUCUUCUAAAGCGGCAAUCUGAGAAGAAUCCGACAGCCCAGUACUUCAACGUGGACAUAUUGAAGUACCAAAUACGACCAAAGCCUGGCGCCGCGUCGUGUCCCUACCAGUUGGUAGCUUACUGGAAGUGUGAAAGGGACCACACUGACCUAAAAGUGGAUUACAAAUACAAUCUGCACGCUAUGAGCCCUCCCUCACCUCUGCUCAAUGUGUCAGUGUGUGUGCCUAUGAAUGGCGCAGUUAAGAACGUCAUCGCGAUGCCAAAGAACACGUGGAAUGGCGAGAAUGAGCAAGCAUUGUGGCGUAUCACCGAGCUGUCACAACACUCCGAAGACAGGGGCGUAGGUUCGCUAAGGGCAAGAUUCGAAUUAAAUAAGGGGCCUUCGACUAAGGCAACUUUAUCGGCGCAAUUUAACUGCGAAGGCGCCACUCUCUCUGGCAUAGAGUUCGAGCUGAUAGGCAGCGGAUACAGACUUUCCCUUGUGAAGCGGCGUUUUGUCUCCGGAAAAUAUAUUUGUGAUAGUGAGAUGCACUGAUUGGUCCAAAUCCUUAUGAAUUCACAUUGUAGAUACUUAUACGAAGUGUGUUUGUUUAAAAUAGUACACAUUUCUAAAAUGUAUAUGUUUGGUACCUAGGACUGUUUCCUGUCCACGAAAUUUAGUUACUUUGUAUCACAAUAUAAGUUCGCCAAUUUUCAUAGUUAUAGUAUAUUUAAAAGGAUUUACUAUAUAGUGGUAUAAUCACAGAAUUACUAACUUAUUUUUCAGAAUAGAGAUGUGCCAUUUAUGCUAAAGUUUAUGUAUCAUAUCACAACAUUUGAGUAUCUAUGCACAUGGAUUUAGUUCAGUGAAAACAUCACAAAAAUAAAUUUCAGUGUCAUUAUGUAUAUAUACUUUAUUGGUGAAGUGGGAAACAUAUUUACUUAGUUACUAAAAAGUAUGGUAAAAUUUUCUAAAAGUUGUCUUUGAUCAAGCACUUUCUUGGUAUAUUAUAAAGGAAAAAUGUGCCUGUUCAAAAUAUUUUUUUUUACUUUGUUCUUAUUAGGAAUCACAUUACAUUUGAUAAUUUUAUCUAUAUGUUAAAAUAUUUAACCUUGAAUUUUAGAAUGUAAUAAUUACUAUUCAUAAUUCUCUUCUUAAUGGGCCUAAGAAAAUGCAAUAAAUUAAUCGUCAUAGUCACAAUAUGACUGUAUAUUAAAUGGGGUUUACAUACUUUCCCAACAUAUAAAAAAAUAAUCAAACAAUGUUUUUUCAAAUAUUUUUUGUAGGUUCCUUGGAAUCUCUUUGAUAAGUAUUUUAAUUUUUACAUAUUGGUAUGGUAUGUAUGUUGUAAUACUUUAUGUUAUACUUGAGCUAGGAUAGUAGUACUGUAUUCAGUUAGCAUUUAGGGGUGACCACCGGUAAACUGUUACAAAUAUUGUUGUUUACUUUCUAUGUUUUUUGCACUGUGUUACAUGUGAGAGUUUAUCUCUAUAUAUUUUUUACUCAUUAGUAAUCUCAUAUAUCUUUUUUUACUUAAUAUAGUGUAUUGUUUAUUAAUAUCCAGAAACCUUUUAAAGCCUUUUGGCCUAAUAAAGUACCUUUCACUGUAUAAAUAUCGAUAAAUAUUCUAAUAAUUAACUUUACCAAAAGUGAAGUGUUCAAUAAAUGUAAACUGCUUAUAAUUAAUGUAGGGCAUGCAAAUAUUACCCAUUAAUUACUAUUAAACCAUUCCAACUCUUGUUAUCUAACAAAAUUUUUAAUAAUUAAGUUUCUUAUUCAAAUAACAUGUUGAAAAAUAAAUCCAGUGAUUGAUCAUAUUUUUUUCGAUUAUAUUUUAGCAACUCAUAUAAAAAUUUGAUAAAUCAUUGCAAAAUGAUAACUGAAUGCGUAAAAAGUAUUUUUGUAUUGUAACAUUUAUCGCAUGUACGAUUCUAAUAUACUGUAUUCUUUAUUAUUUGAAUAAAAUGUAAUUUAGCAUUA